AUAUGGCAGGAGACUUGUACAGAGUGAGAGGCGCUCAGCGGCUGCUGCUGUCUGGCGGGAAGUCUGCCGGCUGGGAGUAGGAGAGAGUCCGGCAACUGAGUGGAUAGGAGCUGCUGAGUGAGCCCUUGUCAUUUGUCCCACCCCAGGAAUUGCUCCAGUUAGGCCUAAACAUACCUGGAGCUCCCGGGGCUGCAGGGAUGUCAUUGAAUCCCGUAACACGGGCGACAGCAGCACCCCCCACCCCAUCCUCCUCAUCAUCUGCCACCCAAGACCGCAGAAGGAGGAGACUCCGCAGGUGAGAGAUGGAAGAUGAUGGCAAGAAAGGUAAAAAGCAGCCUGGAAUUGUGUCGCCGUUCAAACGCGUUUUCCUGAAAGGCGAGAAAGGGCGGGAUAAGAAGGCGCAAGAAAAGGUGACGGAGCGGCGGCCGCUACAUACGGUGUCUGUGUCACAGGCUGAUCACCGCGUGGAGCCCGACGUGCUCUUGAACGACUACAUUGAGAAGGAAGUAAAGUAUUUAGGGCAGCUGACCUCCAUUCCUGGGUACCUCAAUCCUUCCAGCCGCACAGAGAUCCUGCAACUAUUGGACAAUGCAAAGAGGCAGCAUCAGCUUCCAGCACAGCUGAGCCCAGAGCAUGACGCUUUGAUCAGUGUCUCCGCCUACAACAUCAAGGUGCUAUGGAGAGACGGAGAGGACAUUAUUCUUAGGGUUCCAAUCCAUGACAUUGCGGCCGUCUCUUACAUACGGGACGAUUGUCUGCACUUGGUGCUCCUGAAAACAGCUCAGGAGCCGGGGAUAUCUCCCAGCCAAAGCCUCUCUGCAGAAAGUGCCAAAGGAUUAACAUCGGGGUCCCUGUCUGAGUGUGGGGCGGUACCAGUGGAUGUCUGCUGCCUGGUUGUCUUGGCUACAGAGAACAAGGCAGCUGCUGAGGAGCUGUGUUCACUGCUGAGCCAAGUCUUCCAGAUUGUUUACACGGAAUCCACCAUCGAUUUCCUGGACAGAGCGAUUUAUGAUGGAGCCUCCACUCCCACCCGCCACAUGUCCUUACACAGCGACGACUCUUCCACCAAAGUGGAUGCGAAGGAAGUGUAUGAGCUGGAAGCCAGUACAUUUUCUUUCCCUGAGUCUGUGGAUGCCGAUGGUAAUUCCCCAACUUCUCUCUCCAAUCUUCAUUCCCCCAACAAGACGGCGAGUGAGAGUGAGCUGAGUGCCACGGCUGCAGAGCUGCUGCAGGACUACAUGAUGACUCUCAGGACUAAGCUCUCGUCGCAGGAGAUCCAGCAGUUUGCAAUGCUGCUUCACGAAUAUCGCAACGGCUCCUCCAUUCACGAGUUCUGCAUUAACCUGCGGCAGCUGUAUGGGGACAGCCGGAAAUUUCUUCUGCUAGGCCUCCGCCCGUUCAUCCCGGAGAAGGACAGCCAACAUUUUGAGAACUUCCUUGAAACCAUAGGGGUAAAAGAUGGCCGCGGUAUCAUCACAGACAGCUUUGGGCGUUACAGAAGGACAAUGAGCUCCACUUCCCAUUCCACGACCAAUGGAAACGGUGCAGCCGGGGGCUCGGACGACCAGUCGGGGCCCUCAGAAGGGGAUGAGUGGGACCGGAUGAUCUCCGACAUCAGUAAUGACAUUGAAGCCCUCGGCUGCUGCAUGGACCAAGACCCUUCUCACGGGGGCGCUGGAAACUAUUCCUGAUUCACCGGCUGAUAUAGAACCAGUCCCGUUUCCUCACCAGCAUUAAGAACCAAAAAACAAAGAUGGCAGCCGAGUUGCCAUGUCCUUCUAUUUUUUAUUCCGUUCCCAAGAUUGUAUCCUCAAGCACUAGCACCAUUAUUCACGCCCAAGUUUUGGUUGGGUCAGAGCCAGAUAGACUUUCCUCCAACGUCUCUCGGGACUUAUCCGAAGCAGCAACUAAACUGGGAAACCAUUCGUACGUCAGUGGGGUGACCAGUACAAUUUGUGGGCUAACGAUUCUUACACUUGGACGACGCUAUUUUUACGCGUCCGUAGAAGUCGACGUUUACUGCAAUGUGAAGAACACAAACCCGUGAGCAGCGUGAAAGCGUUUUUUUUUUUUUUUGGAGGCGUGUGGAAAAGAUGAGUGUCUGGUGAUUAUUCUCCUUGUGUUUCAAGCAGAAGCAAUGGCUUCCUUUCUAUUAAGGCAACACUAAACCUAAAGUAGCUGCUUUACAGUUCUACGUGUAAGGGCUAUAGCGCUUAUAGUCACUGGGCGGGGACUAAGAAUUGCCACCACUUUCAAUGUCCUGUCAGGUCUGGUACCCCCUUUUCUAUACAUUUGGGUUUGCUUGUGCUACUCAGACUUCAAUGAUCUGCUCCGUCACUGCAUUACAACUGCCAGAUCCAGGGGGUUGCUGGCAGUUGUAGUUUGGCUCUUCAGAAGCAGCAGGAUCUCCAGUGAUGGGGCGGAUUUACUGAUGCCCUUUCUGCAGGCGUCCAUCUUUAGUUUGGCUCUUGCUGCAUGUUGUUACAUGAGUUGUAUAGAACACAAGCUGUUUACAGUCACAACACCCACAAUCCAUUGUGUCCCUCGCGCUGCUCCCGCUGCAGUGCCAAUACAUUUUGUUACAGAAAUUUUAUUUUUCAUUUUGUAUAAAUAUUUUGCAGUAGUUUUUUUUUUUUUUUUUAUUUCUGUGCAAGGCCGGCUCCUCCUUCCUGCCAUUGCCCCCCCCCUGUGCCUGAUAUUUAUAUGCCCUGCCUUCCUUGUACUCCACCUCUCAGGUCCGAGCAAUGCAGCCCUUUAGCUCCGCCCCAGGGAGCCACACCCACAUUCCAGCUACGAGUGCAUCUGGCGCAUGAGUUCUACUCUUUUACAUCUGUAUCCUGUUUAUUUAGGGAUAAACCUGUAUCUCUGUCCACCCACCCCUGGAUAAAUCUCAUGGACUCUUCCAAAAGAAGCUGAUAUCCAAUCCUAGUGUCUCCCUUAAGGCUGCCACUAAUACUAGGGACCAGCACACUCUUUCCCUGCUAGUGCCAAUUAACUGCCAUUCAAUUGCUUCACAGCAGCAGUUCUAUUUAAAGGGAAAGUGAAGAAUCUGUCCCUGCAUCUGUAGGAAGGAGCUGCAGCUGCCAGUGUGUAGAGUAAGGUGGUGUCAAUCAGGGGGUAGAACUGUGGGAUUGAUUGGGCUGUAACUAUGAGUGUUUGCAUAGCAACAUGUCAGGGAACAGGGCUGUAAGUGCAUAGUGUGUAUCAUAGGGCAACACAGUGUUAGAGUAUAGGGGCAUUAACUGAAGGCGGGGGGGUGUUAGUGGAAGGGGCUGUAACUAUAAUCUUCCCAUCAGGCCGUGCAAUGUAUUUGCUUUCCCACAAUCCUUUGCGCUGUUCCCCGUAUUCUCAUAGCAGGUGAGACGCAGAGGAAUCAGGAGACCAUUUCAGUUUAGUUGUGAGACACCGAUUGUGUUACUGACGGGGGUGUAGUUGUGCGAUUGUCACCAGCCAAUAGGAAUCUGUUUUGUUUUUCUGCAGCUUUGUGCAUCAUUUCUGUUUGCCCUUUAUGAUUGGAUACUUUUUGUAUGUAGUGUUUUUACCUGUAAAUACAUGAGUGCAUCUA